GCUCUCCAAUCUCGGUUAUCAUAUGGAGCAUUAUUUCACCAGUCUUCCGAAGAUAGAGCUGCACGCUCAUUUGUCUGGAAGUAUCAGUAUGACCACCCUUCGUGGUAUCCUUAACUACGAUGAGUCGACCUGCGCUCAGUUGAAGAUACCAGAUGCUAUUGAUUACAAGGGUGAUAUUGAUGGGUAUAUCGUAUCAGUUUUACACUUGCAGUUGUUUCCAUCUGUUCUCACUCAUCCAUGACCAAAUCAAGACGCCGGAUGCACUGAAGCGAGCUACCUCCUCUGUGAUUGAAGAGUUCGCUUCAGACGGGGUCAUUUACUUGGAGUUACGCUCGACCCCACGACCACUGCCCACAGCCGAUCUCUAUGUGGAGGCUGUGCUGCAUGGUAUAUUCGAUGCACCAAGCGUUUGCUCCAAGCGCAUCGAUGUUCGCCUUCUUCUCUCUAUUGAUCGAGCCCGCGGAGUAGAAGCGGCUCGGUCAACCGUCGAACUGUUGCUGCAGUAUGGGCAAAGAUUUCCGAAGCAUAUCGUGGGCAUUGACGUUAGUGGUAAUCCAUCGGUAUGUGCCC